GGGGCUGAAGGUGGGCGGGGAAAUGGAGGCGGGACUCAGACUGUUUCCCAGAAUGCCCGCUGAAGUCUGGUCACAAGGGCGGUGCAUUAUGGGAGUGCUUCAUCUGGCUGUCCAUCUAGCCUGCUGUGGCCCUGCCCUAAAAGGAAGCUGGCAGAGUCACGUGAGCGAGAUUCCGGGAGGAGUGCACAUGCGUAUUCCAGCUCUGGGCUCUGUCUCCUCAGUGCUAGGGAAGCUUGCAGGGUCCGUGAGAGAGGGAGGACAGGAAUGCCCACCGGCGUGUCAGUCGUGGGGUGAGGAUCGCAGUGCACAGGCGCAACACAGUUGGCUUCCCCUUCCCCCUCUUCACUAUAGAUUCCGGGAUAUAGCUCUUCCCGAAGUCAGCAAGAUAGAGGAGAAGGAAGGAGGGACUUCUGGAGGCCUGGCUGCCAGGUUUCAGGAAUCUUUGACAUUCAAGGAUGUGGCUGUGGAGUUCACCUGGGAAGAGUGGAGACACCUGGAUCCUGCCCAGAGGGCCCUGCACAGGAAUGUGAUGUUGGAGAACUAUGAGAACCUGGUCUCCAUAGGGAUUCCAGUUUCCAAACUAGAUUUGUUCUUCCUGUUGAAGAGAGAAGAUGUACAGAAUGAAGAGGGAGAAGCUGGGACAGGUACUUGUAUAGGGAUUCCCGUUUCCAAACUAGAUUUGCUCUUCCUGUUGAAGAGAGAAGAUGUACAGAAUGAAGAGGGAGAAGCUGGGACAGGAGCUUGUAUAGAAGGAAAGAUCAGACUUGAAAUGAAAGAGAUGACUGCAGAGUUAAGCCUGUCUGGGGAAGAAACUCAGAAGCAAAGAUGCAUUGGUGAUGGUGCCUGUGAUUCCACUUGGAGAGAAAACUUGGAUGUACAUCAGAGAAUCCACACUGGAGAGAAACCUUUUAAAUGUAAUCAGUGUGGAAAGGCUUUUACCCAGAAGGCUGGUCUUAUCAUACAUCAGAGAAUCCACACUGGAGAGAAACCUUUUAAAUGUAAUCAGUGUGGAAAGGCUUUUACCCAGAAGGCUGGUCUUAUCAUACAUCAGAGAAUCCACACUGGAGAGAAACCUUAUGAAUGUAAUCAAUGCGGUAAAACAUUUGCAAAGAGAGCGCAUCUUACUGUACAUCAGAGAAUCCACAUUGGAGAGAAACCUUUUGAAUGUAAUCAGUGUGGAAAAGCUUUCAGACUCAAGUACAGUUUUAAUCUACAUCAAAGAAUCCACAAUGGAGAGGCUCCUUUUGAAUGUCAUCAAUGUGGAAAGGCUUUUACACAGAAGUCUCAUUUUACGGCACAUCAGAGAAUCCACACUGGAGGGAAACCUUUUGAAUGUAAUCUCUGUGGAAAGGCUUUUACACAGAAGUGUGGUCUGACUGUACAUCAGAGAAUCCACACUGGAGAGAAAUCUUAUGACUGUUACCGGCUUAGUAAAAUCCUCAGUCAAAAGUCAACCAUUAUUUCCCCUCAGGCACUGCCAAGACAGUAAACAGCAGUCCUUGGGGGCAGCUGUGUGCACCCCAGCCAUACCUUUGGGAGCUUUUGCUCUACUGAUGACCCUGGGGUCGCCUGCUAACUAAAGGAAGAUUGCAGGACCCUCCACUGGCCCUGGACGUGGGGCCUCAGCACAUUGAUCAGACAUGGUCCCAGGCUGUGCCUAAUGAUGGAGGAGCGCACAAGUAAGAGCAAUGGUUUUGUCUCACUUGGAAGUAAUCCAAGUCUAAGGUUCACAUAAUCAAGCUGAAUCCCUUUCCUUUUCCCGAUGGAAUCAUGAGUAUGAUUACUACUUCAAUUUAGGAAGAUGAGAAAUAGAGACUGCUUGGUGUCUCAUGGCAGGAGACUUCAGGGGCCUAGAAAGGAGCCUCCAUGAUCUUCAGUGUUAGGUCUAGUCCUUUAAAUCAAGAAAAAGAGAGUCACAUACUAAAGCCAGAGCGUGCAUUGACUACUAGGAAAGACAUCAGAAUGCAGAAUAGAGAUUGAGAUUGAGGCCUAGUAUCAGCCCUGGCCUAGUCUAUUAGUCAGUAAACAUUAAUGAAGCACCUACUAUGUUCUAGCCUCUGAGGACACAAAGGGAAACAAAACACAGUCCCUGUUGUCAGAGCUCAGAAUCUAGUAUACAAACAUAGUGAUAGUCAAGAAGCAGUAAAAGAUCAUAAACCUGACUGUUAAAUGAUCCAGGGAAAAGAGGGUGUUUUAUGAAUGGAAAUCCAUUUAAUUAAACAGGGAAAUAAGUGAAUAGAAGUAUGAGAACAAUUCAGUUUAAGAAGGGCAGAAUUGGGGAACAAAGAGUAAAAAUCAAAAUCAUAAGGAAAAAAAGUAAUAUCUAGCAGUUAAAUAGCACCUACUGUAUGCAGUGCAUUUUAUCAAUAUUACCUCAUUUGGUUCUCAUAAGAAUCAUAAGGGUUAAAAUUCUUAUUACUUUAUCCAUUGUGCCACUUAGCUACUUAAUUGGAAUUGGUUGAUGAGAGCAGUUUGUUUCAGUACCAUGAAUGUAGCUGAAGCAAACACUAUGGAAGCAUUUAGAGUUUGAUCAGACAUCAACGACUCCAAGAUAAUUCACCGUAUCUGGGGGCAUUGCAAGUCAUCUUGUCUUUUGCAACAUGAGCAAUAUGGAAAUCAGUUUUAUAUGACUGCACAUGUAUAAUCUAUAUCAGAUUGCUUGCCAUCUCAAGGAGCAGGAUAUGAAAGUAGGGAGGGAGAGAAUUUGAAACUCAAAAUUAAAAAAAAAUGCUGGGUCACCAGAGCCAAGACAGCAGACAGAAAUCAGGGAUUUACCUAAAGUUUCCCAAAUUCUCCUCGAUAUGAUUAAAUGUCUCAAAACAUUCUGGAACAGAAGAACUCCAAAAAGGAUGAGGUUCAAGAAUUUUUUUGCCUAGAGACUUUAGAAGGCCAGCAAGAAAGAUCAAUCCCACCAUGGUUAAAGUGGAGCAAAGUCUAGCGCAGGCUAUACCUUAACAGAAUAAUAGCAAGGCCAUGCCUUACUCUGUCAGCAGCAAAGCCAUGUGCCCUGACCCAUCAGCAGCAGGCCCUUAAGGGAACUGAACUGGCAGAAACAACUUCUGGAGCUCUUAGUCCACAGACAGUAAGGGCAGGGGGUGGUCAGACAAUUUAACAGGAGAUCAGAGGUCCUUUUUCUAGCAUUGUGUGCAGGAGUCUGUUUCAUAGCUCAUAUGUGGGUUCUAGUUCCAGGCCUGGUGGCCGUCCCAAUGUAAGAACUACCAGUGCGACAAGCACUAGAAGUAAUAGAAUUUGCACCCAUGAGGGAUUUGGGAUGUUGAUCACAGUUCCAAAAUGUGAAAUAAAAGGCUGGUUAUUCACAGUCCAGAGUAUAAGCCAAGAGAGUAGUGAACAUACCUCUUUGUAUAUCACAUCACCUUGGAAGAAGUGAAAAUGUAUAGAACCACUCAACCCCAUUCCAACACCACCUCUUAAAGCACUUAUAUUAAAAAAAAAAAUACCAAGCUUCUAACAAUGCCUCCUCUACCCAGGAGCAGACUUAAAAUUUAGCAUAAAAGUCAAGAAAUAGGCUACGGAAAUGAACAAACAACUUUGAAAAAGCACUUCACCAUAAAAAGUUACUGGGGUGACAAAAAGAUCAAAACAAACUGAAAAUGACAAAGUCUCAAUGAAAAAUGUGAAUUGAUUUCGGGAACAAAAAAUCCUAGAAGAGCUGAAAAAAAAGAUUUUAAAACUCAAAUAAGAGAAAUAGAGGGAAAUUGAGAAAAUAAUUGAGUGAUAAAUAAAAUAAAAUUUUUUAAAUGGUCUGUAGUUUGGCAAAGGAGGCACUAAAAUACUGAAUAAAAAGAUAUUAAAAAACAAUAAAUGAAGCGUUGAAAAGGGUACCAAAAUCCAUUGAAAAAAGGAACUUCUUUAAAAUCAAAAUUGGCCAAAUGAUAUAAGAGAUACAAAUAUAUAUUGAAGAGAACUUCUUAAAAAGUAGAACUAGCCAAAUGGAAGAGACUCUAAAUGAACACCGUAAUGAGAAUAUCAACAAUAUAGAAAUGAGUUCGAAGCAAGGACACAUGUGAUACCCAGUGGAAUCGUUCGUUGGCUAAGGGAGGAGUGGGAAGAGGGGGGGGGGUGGAAAAGAAAAUGAUCUUUGUUUCCAAGGAAUAAUGUUUGAAAAUGAACAAAUAAAAUAAAAAAAUAGAGCUAGUCAAAUGGAAAGUAGAGCUACAAAAGUUAAAUGAAGAAAAUAAUUCCUUAGAAAUUAGAAUUGGGCAAGUGGAAACUAAUGCCUCCAUGAGAUGUUAAGAAAUAUUUUAAAUCAAAAGAAUAAAUAAAUAGAAAAAAAGUGAAAUAUCUCAUUGGAAAAAUAUCUGACCUGGAAUCAAUGCAGGAGAGAUAAUUGAAUGACUGUACAAGCUAAAAGCUAGGAUUAAAAAAAAAAAGCUAAAUUCCAGGGCUCCCAGAUUAAGCAGGAAAUAUAGCAAACAAUCCCCUGAAUUGAAACAAAAUUCAAAUAUUGUGUAGUCAUUAUACCACAAGAUUUAGCAGCUUUGAUAUUAAAUGAUUGGUGAAUUUGGAAUAUGAUAUUCCAGAGUGUAAAAGAACUAGGAUUAUAACCAAGCAUCAUCCACCCAGUAAAACUGAGUACAAAUAUUCAUGAGGAAAAAAAUGAAUGUUCAGUGAAAUAGAGGUCUCCUCAAGCACUCUUUGUGAAAGGGACAAAGCUGAAAAGAAAAUCUGAUUUUCAAAUAUAAAUCUCAAGAGAUGCAUAAAGGAAAAGAAAUCCUAGAUCAGUCAGUAAAUUUAAGCUGCUUAUGUUCCUACAUGAAAAGAUGAUAUUUAUAAUUCCUAGGAACCUUAUUGUUAGAUGGGCAUGGGUAUGAGUUUAUAAUGAGAUGAAUGCAUAAAAAAAUUAAGGGGUGAGAAGGAUGCAUUUUAAGGUUCGUUUGUUCAACGAUUAAAGUCCUACGUGAUCUGAGUUCAGACCGGAGAAACCCAGGUCGGUUUCUAUCUAUAUAAUUACUUCUCCCAGUACGAAAGGACAAGAGAAUUAAGGCCAACAUUAUAAACAAGCCUUACAACUAACUAAUGAACCUAUCUUAAUUAGUUAGUGCAAGUUUUUAUUACUCUAGAAAAGAGUUAUUAAGGUGGCAGAGCAGGUAAUUGCAUAAAACUUAAGCCUUUAUUAUCAGAGGUUCAACCCCUCUCCUUAAUACAUGUUCCUAGUCAACCUACUAAUUUAUAUUAUUCCCAUUCUACUAGCAGUAGCUUUUUUUAACAUUAAUUGAACGAAAAGUUCUAGGUUACAUACAACUCCGAAAAGGCCCUAACGUCAUCGGACCAUACGGUAUUCUACAACCAUUUGCAGACGCGGUUAAACUAUUUACAAAAGAACCACUCCGACCUCUAACAUCAUCAGUUUCAAUAUUUAUUAUUGCACCUAUUCUAGCUUUAACCUUAGCCCUAACAAUCUGAACCCCCUUACCUAUACCCCACACCCUAAUUGACUUAAACCUAGGACUUUUAUUUAUCCUAGCCCUAUCAGGAUUGUCUGUUUACUCAAUCCUAUGGUCAGGAUGAGCAUCAAAUUCUAAAUAUGCACUCAUUGGAGCCUUACGAGCUGUAGCCCAAACAAUUUCAUAUGAAGUCACAUUAGCAAUUAUCUUACUUUCAAUUAUACUAAGUAAUGGCUCCUUUACCUUAAAAAAAUUUAAUAAUUACCCAAGAAAAUUUAUGGUUAAUUAUAACCGCAUGGCCCCUAACUAUAAUAUGAUAUAUCUCCACCUCAGCCGAAACAAACCGAGCUCCUUUUGACCUAACAGAAGGAGAAUCAGAAUUAGUAUCAGGCUUUAAUGUUGAAUAUGCCGCAGGACCAUUUGCUAUAUUUUUCCUAGCAGAAUAUGCAAAUAUCAUAGCAAUAAAUGCCAUAACAACAAUUCUUUUUCUUGGUCCCUCACUAAACCACAAUUAUCCACAUAUUAGUACUACUAAUUUUAUAUUUAAAACAAUAUUAUUAACAUCAGCCUUUUUAUGAGUAGGAGUAUCAUACCCUCGCUUUCGAUAUGAUCAAUUAAUGUACUUACUAUGAAAAAGCUUGCUACCAAGCACCCUAGCACUAUGUUUAAUGUUUAUUUCUAUUCCAAUCGCACUAUCAAGCAUCCCACCACAAAUAUAAGAAAUAUGUCUGACAAAAGAAUUAUCUUGAUAGGAUAAAUUAUAGGGGUUUAAACUCCCUUAUUUCCAGAACAAUAGGAAUCGAACCUACAUUCAAGAACUCAAAAUUCGACAUUCUAUUAAGGUCAGCUAAAUAAGCUAUCGGGCCCAUACCCCGAAAAUGUUGGUUUAUACCCUUCCCAUACUAAUGUCCCCCUAUGUAUUAACCAUUGUUUCGCUCAGCUUAUUAACAGGAACUUCAGUAACUCUAAUUAGCAAUCACUGGUUAACUGCCUGAAUAGGCCUAGAAAUUAAUACACUAGCUAUUAUUCCAUUAAUAACUUACCCCCACCACACAUGAAAUACAGAAUCAGCUAUUAAAUAUUUCAUAACCCAAGCUACAGCUUCAAUAAUCCUAAUAUUUUCUAUUAUUUAUAAUGCAUCCUUUACUAACCAAUGAACCAUUAGUCAUAUACCCAAUCAAUGAGCUUCACUACUAAUAACCCUAGCCCUAGCAAUAAAACUAGGGUUAGCUCCAUUUCACUUUUGAGUGCCAGAAGUUACACAAGGAAUUCCACUCCUAUCUGGCAUAAUACUCCUAACAUGACAAAAAAUUGCUCCUAUCUCAAUUAUAUAUCAGAUUUCACCCUCACUAAAUAUAUAUGUAUUAAUAAUUUUAAGCAUCCUAUCAACACUCCUAGGAGGCUGAGGGGGAUUGAAUCAGACACACCUACGAAAAAUAUUAGCAUACUCAUCAAUUGCUCACAUAGGAUGAAUAACCAUUAUUAUCAUAAUUUAACCCACACUUACUAUAUUAAACUUAUUAAUUUAUUUUACUACAACUAUUACUAUGUUCCUUAUACUUAACCAUUCAUCAAUAACUAAAAUUAAUUCACUGUCAACCCUAUGGAACAAAUCCACCCCUAUAAUUAUUAUUAUCAUACUAACUCUUCUAUCCUUAGGAGGACUACCCCCAUUAACAGGUUUUAUACCUAAACUUUCUAGCAGUUUAUUUUGUGAUGACAAAGAACUGGAAAUUGAGGGGAUGCCCAUCAAUUGAGUAAUAAAUGAAGUUUUGGUAUAAUGAUUAUGACUAUACUGUUGUGCUAUAAGAAACGAUGAGGAUACAAAAACUUUUUAAUUUGAUGUAUUCCAGAUUAUUUAUUUUGCAUUUUGUAACUCUUUCUAAGUAUUGCUUGGUUUUGAAGUCUUUCCCUUCCCAAAGGUCUGACAUGUAUGCUAUUCUGUGUUCGCCUAAUUUUCUUAUAGUUUCCUUUAUGUUCAAGUCAUUCACCCAUUUGGAAUAUAUCUUGGUGUAGGGUGUGAGGUGUUGAUCUAAACCUAAUCUUUCCCACACUAUCCUCCAAUUUUCCCAGCAGUUUUUAUGAAAUAGUGAAUUUUUGUCCCAAAAGCUGGGGUCUUUGGGUUUGUCAUAUACUGUCUUGCUGAGGUCGCUUUCCCCCAAUCUAUUCCACUGAUCCUCCUUUCUGUCUCUUAGCCAGUACCAAAUUGUUUUGAUGACCGCUGCUUUAUAAUAUAGUCUGAGAUCUGGGACUGCAAGGUCCCCUUCCUUUGUAUUUUUUUCCUGAUUUCCCUGAAUAUCCUUGAUCUUUUGUUCUUCCAAAUGAACUUUGUUAUGGUUUUUUCUAAAUCAGUAAAAAAAAAUUUUGGAAGUUCCAUGGGUAUGGCACUAAAUAGAUAGAUGAGUUUGGGUAGGAUGGUCAUUUUUAUUAUAUUGGCUCAUCCUACCUAUGAGCAGUUAAUGUUUUUCCAAUUGUUCAAGUCUAGUUUUAGUUGUGUGGAGAGUGUUUUGUAGCUGUGUUCAUAUAGUUCCUGUGUUUGUCUCGGGAGAUAGAUUCCUAAGUAUUUUAUUUUGUCUAAGGUAAUUUUGAAUGGGAUUUCUCUUUCUGGUUCUUGCUGCUGAGCUGUGUUGGAAUUAUAUAGAAAUGCUGAUGACUCGUGUGGGUUUAUUUUGUAUCCUGCAACUUUGCUGAAGUUGUUGAUUAUUUCGAUUAGCUUUUUGGUUGAAUCUCUAGGAUUCUUUAAGUAGACCAUCAUGUCAUCUGCAAAGAGCGAUAAUUUGGUCUCCUUCUUGCCUAUUUUAAUGCCUUCAAUUUCUUUUUCUUCUCUAAUUGCUACUGCUAGUGUUUCUAAUACAAUGUCAAAUAAUAGAGGUGAUAAUGGGCAUCCUUGUUUCACUCCUAAUCUUAAUGGGAAUGGAUUUAGUUUAUCCCCAUUGCAGAUGAUAUUAGUUGAUGGUUUUAGAUAUAUACUGUUUAUUAUUUUUAGGAAAGACCUUUGUAUUCCUAUGCUUUCUAGUGUUUUUAAUAGGAAUGUGUGUUGUAUUUUAUCAAAGGCUUUUUCGGCAUCUAUUGAGAUAAUCAUGUGGUUCUUGUUGGUUUUCUUGUUGAUGUGGUCAAUUAUGUGGAUGGUUUUCCUAAUAUUGAACCAGCCCUGCAUCCAAGACAAUUCUUUUUUUUUUAUAGUAUUUUAUUUGAUCAUUUCCAUGCAUUCUUCAUUAAAGACAAAGAUCAUUUUCUUUUCCUCCCCCCCACCCCCAUAGCCGACGCGUGAUUCCACUGGGUAUCACGUGUGUUCUUGAUUCAAACCCAUUGCUAUAUUGUUAAUAUUUGCAUUAGAGUGUUCGUUUAGAAUCUCUCCUCUGUCAUGUCCCCUCAACCGCUGUAGUCAGGUAGUUGCUUUUCCUCGGUGUUUCUACUCCCACAGUUUGUCCUCUGCUCAUGGAUAGUGUUUUUUCUCCUGUAUCCCUGCAGAUUGUUCAGGGACAUUACACCGCCACUAAAGGAGAAGUCCAUUACGUUCGAUUAUACCACAGUGUGUUUGUCUCUGUGUACAAUGUUCUCCUGGUUCUGCUCCUCUCGCUCUGCAUCACUUCCUGGAGGUUGUUCCAGUCUCCAUGGAAUUCCUCCACUUUAUUAUUCCUUUUUGCACAGUAAUAUUCCAUCACCAACAUAUACCACAAUUUGCUCAGCCAUUCCCCAAUUUAUGGGCAUCCCCUCGUUUUCCAAUUUUUGGCCACCACAAAGAGAGCAGCUGUGAAUAUUUUUGUACAAGUCUUUUUGUCCAUUACCUCUUUGGGGUACAGACCCAGCAGUGCUAUGGCUGGAUCAAAGGGUAGACAUUCUUUUAUCGCCCUUUGUGCAUAGUUCCAAAUUGCCCUCCAGAAUGGUUGGAUCAGUUCACAACUCCACCAGCAAUGAAUUAAUGUCCCUACUUUGCCACAUCCCCUCCAGCAUUCAUUACUUUCCUUUGCUAUCAUGUUAACCAAUCUGCUACAUCCAAGACAAUUCUGAAGGACCCUGGAUAAAAAAUGCUACUUCCAAAGAAAACUGAUGGAGUCUGAAUGCAGAUCAAAGUCUUCCUUGAUUAGAUUUGCUUUUGUCAGGUCUUGGAAUGCAGGAGGGAAAAGAAUGCCUCAAAUUCUCUUGAACUGGAGACUCAAAUCAUGUUACUUCAAGAAGCAUUUCUGAAUUAGUUCUCAUUUAUAAAACACCUACUAAGGGCCAGGCAGUAGACUAAGUGCUAAGGAUUAAAAAAAAAAAAGAAUGAAAUGAUUAUUCCCUGGAGGAGCUUGCAUUCUAAUGGUUAUAGUCAAUAAGCAUUUAUUAAACAUCUGAGACCCCAAGAAAUAGUAGUUGCUGGAGAUAUCAGGCAUUGAUUGAAAACAAAAACCGGAAACAACUUGCAAAUACUAAAUUUCCUCAAAUCCCAGCAUGCCCACAUCUGCAUUUCCAUUUCUACUAUUAAGGUCUUAGGUCUCAGAAUGGCUGAUUAAGUCCUGCAGCAGAAGUGAGAGCAAAAAUAGGGAGCCUGUCGAGGAGCCUCUAGAAGUUUUACUUCUAAAAUUUGAAAUAUAGGAAUGAUGAAACAAUGGCUGAGGCACUUCCCAGAUACAGCUUAUAGGCUUCUAAAAGGUCUAGCUCAGAAAUUUCCUUAUUUCAAUUUGUGGAGCUCCUGAAAGGCUUCUGGGGUCAACAUGAGUUGUAGGUGCUGAUUAAGCAACAAAUCUGGACCCAGAGCCAUAAACAAGUCCAGUCUCGAAGCUACACAGGACAAGAGAGUUUCCAACAAAGGAAUCUGGUUUUCCCACAGGUUCUAGAUAUGCUUCAAGAAGAUGUUCACAAAGGCAUGUGAAACCUCAACAGCAUCAUCGUAGAGUCAGGCUGGCUCCAGAGCUCCCUCCUGAAUUUCACAGGUUGGCUUUUCUAUAUGAUAUCUCAGAAAUGAGGCAAGUCUAAGCAGGGGCUUUCUAAAGGUAUCAGAAACAGAUCCAAGCUUCAAUCUUCCCACAGUGAUAGUAUUCACAAGGCUCUUCUCCAGCCAGAGUUGUUUUCUGGUAAAAAGCAAAGGGAAUGUUGGCUCUACGGUUUCCCCAUCAAUUAUUGGGAAGACUACUACAAAUGAUCUCAUGUAAUCUUGUGCUCUAGGCCUUUCCAUCUCCUUUCCCUUUGAGAUUUGAUUGAUUAAUAUUUUUUUUCUUUAUUCUGGAAAGGAGAUAAACAACUUUCUCCUCCAAAUCAGAGACAGUGAAUGCAAUCUCAUGGGCACAUCUGCCAGUGGAGGUAACCUACCCUGGGAGUCAAGUCUUCUGAUCCUCUGGGGAAGAGGGAGGUCUGAGACAGCCACUGUUUGAUAAAAUUGCUCAGAGAUCUACUUGUGUCAGUCUUCCUAUUGACACUACUGGAAUCACUGAGUAUGAAUAAUAUAAACUGUAUGUGGUUCUACUGGCUCCAUCCAUUUCUUGCUAGAUGGGUACAAUGAGAAAAAAUUGGACCUUCACCCUAUUUGAAUAGCCCUCUGCCCCUCCUUAAGAAAUGAUUUUACCCCUAGAUUCAUUGCUAAUCAAUAUAAUCCAGUUUAAAGCCAUUCCAUAAGGGGACUGAUUAUUUCUUGUGUAUUAAAAGUCAUUAUUAUACAAUGAGUCAGUUAAGGAUAAUCAACUAAUCCCAAUAUGUAACAGAAUUAAGAAUAAAUAGAGUAGGUUAAAUAGAUCCUCUCUUAUAGGAGAUUUUCAACUUGUCAUUACCAUGUACUUCACUGAGCACAAGAGUGUCCUAACUAGAGGACCUCCAUCGAUGUGGCCUGAUGACUAAGUAGGCAAGGAAGACCCCCAGACCUCCAGCCUGGACGGUCUGAGUACUGGAGAAUAGAAAUGUUCUAAUGGGUUGGAAGGUCCCUGCAAAAUGUAAAAUGUCCCCUUGUUAGGAGUCUGUUGGCCAACAUUUAGGUGGGAUUCUGUCUUCUGUAUACAUACAUUUGUAAGCAAUGCAGGUGGAGAUCUACUAGGUCUUUGCUCUGUGAACCCCAAAGUGACCAUGGGACCCCCAAGGAGAUUCUGUACUUUGUACUGUCCCAUCUGAACUGUCUGGGAUUUAAGGAUUAUAAAACUUGACUCUGAACACGAAGUGGUCUCAGAUAGUGGCCAGGUCCAUUUAAUAAAUAGUAAUUGACUCAGA